AUAAAUUCCUACUGUGCUUCAUGUGCUUCAUCAGAGGGGUUUUGAUCGAAAUUCGGUGUCCGUGAAGCGUAGUUGUUUGUGAAGUUGCGUACUCGCAUAUAACUGUUGCCUAGAGACGAAGGUUCGAGAGAAGACCUAAGAAGUCUUGAUUCGCUUUGAUGGUGGCAAGAUAUUUUAAAAACGUGGGAUCAAAGAGGCAGAACGCACCAAAGCGUAGUGGUUACAGGCCUAAGCAAAGAAACCCAGCGGAAGUUUGUAGGCGACCUUGUUGUAAUCAACGAAAUUACAAUUCUCUAGAAUCUCACGCAGACAACGUUUGACUGACAUUCCUUAGCUUUAACUUCAUAAGUUGGAGUAAGACCACCAAGAAAAGGCUGAACUCUACGUCAAAAUGGCUUGGCAGUGGAUUUUACUCUCUCUCGUGACGUUCGCUUUACUGGUUGACGUCAGAGUUAAAGGCAUGUCAACAAGUUCAAUUGUCUGCAACGCUAACCACACAGUAACUAUAACCAUUGCAAACGUAACUGACAUCGAUGCAUUCAGCGAAAGUGAUUGGCGAAUAGAUAACAAAACAGAAUGUCAGCCGACAUUCAUGAACACGACGGUCACGUAUGCCAAUUUGCAGGUGGCUGAUUGCGCUUCAAAAUCCGAAGAUAAGAGCACUUCUAUCAGAUACGUUUUCGAAAUCCGUGCAGUUGUUUCAGGCAGCAGUCCGAUCCAGGCCUUUGAUCAUAUAAUUAACGCCGUGUGUGAGUACGUCAAUAAUGACACUGUCACAUCCAGCUUCAUACCUUUAGUGAAUCGUGGCGACAACUCAUCAGAUGCUGCAGCUUUUACAUUCAGCCUUGACGUUUUUGAGGACUCUGAGCUUAACAGUCCUCUUCCCAGCGAAGUGAAGCUCAAUCAACCAUUGUUUUUCCGAGCUCAAGUGGAAACAUCAAGCGCUGCACCAAACCUGGACCUCUUCAUCUUGCAAUGUAAUGCGUCAAAGUCGAACGACGUAAAUGUUCCGGACCUCGAUGUUGUCCUUAUUCAAAAUGGGUUGGUACCUUCUUGAAGUUUCCCAUAACAAAGCAUAAUUUAUUUUAUCAUCUACACCUCUAAAGAGUAUGAAAAUCUACAGAGCAACCUGAACUUUCAAGAACCGUCCCCAAUUGAAAUUGAUCUUAGACAAAGGACGCGGCCAUUUUGAAUCUUGCAUAGCAGCCUGAGCGCUUACCUGCGACGGAACAAAGUCUUACACAGCCUCCUUCUAUCCACUCAGGAUCAGUUUAAUAACAAGGCCUUACAUAAAAAAAGCAUUAUUGAAUCUAAUAAUUACUUGAAUGUGAAAACCGGUGCAGCGGCUGAUUGGGAAUGCGAUCACGUGAAGUCACGUUGCUGAGUUGUUUUCAAAAUGGCGGCGCUCAAG